AUGAAGUCUUGUGGAGGACAAGUCAACACUAUUCCUGGGGAGCAUACUUUGAACCCAUACCGAAAGGAGCCGGUGAACAAUGCGAAAAGAGGAUUUAGUGUGCUUAGUAAUGGACCUCUUGAUAUGCGAAUGGAUCCUCAAGCAAGUCUGAAAGCAGCAGACAUAUUAAAUUCAUGGCCAGAUGCUGAAGUGGGCCGUAUCCUACGGGAGUAUGGUGAAGAAAGUAAUUGGCAUUCUCUUCAGAAAAAAAUUGUCAAGGCUCGUCCAAAUGGUGGCUUGCAUUCUACUGGUGAACUAGUAGAUCUUAUUCGGAAUUCAACUUCCAGGACAAAAGGAGGGCGACAAGGUUGGAUAAAGACGGCGACACGUGUUUUUCAAGCUCUGAGGAUAGCUGUUAAUGAUGAACUUAAGACACUGGAGGAUUCGCUCUAUGCUUGUUUUGAUUGCCUUGGAUCUGGGGGAAGACUAGCCGUCAUCUCAUUCCACAGUUUGGAGGACAGAAUUGUGAAGCAAACAUUUCUCAAGAUCAUCAAUAAAAAUGGAGAAGAUGAAAAUGAAGAAGAAAGAUGCACAUGGAAGUCGAGAGAAAUAAAGGUUGACAAUGAUGAAAAAGAAGCAUGGAUUAAACAGAUGGUACAUGGUUGUAAUGGAACAAUCCUCACAAAGAGGCCCAUUACACCCUCUCAAGAGGAAGAGAGAUUGAACUGCCGGAGUAGGAGUGCUAAACUUAGGGUGAUUCAAAAGGUUUGA